ACCCCGGGAUAAGCACAGCUCCUUUGCCGGUGAAAGAUUGGUCGGACAGCGCGGGUGCCAUUUGGCGCAGUAUAUCGAACUAUAUCCUUCGACAAAAGACGUGCAGUUUUUAAAUAAUCGUCUCCGUGAUAUUUUAUUAAAUACACGUUGCAGUCGAACAUCCACGAUGAGCUCAAUCAACGUCAAAAAGCUGAAAGUGAACGAGCUGAAGGACGAGCUGAAGAAGCGCGAUCUUUCGGAUAAGGGGCUGAAGGCCGAGCUGAUGGACCGCCUGCAGGCCGCACUGGACGAGGAGGCCCUCGCAGGAAACCCCCCGGACCAAGAAGCUGCAGCGGCUGAAGGUUCUGGCCAGGAGGGCAUGGGCGAGGAAGAGGAAGGCGAAGGCGAGGGAGAGGGCCCCAUAGAAGAAUGUAUGGAGGCCAACGAGGAGGAGGCGGAGGAGGAGGAACAACAAGAAGAAGAGCAGCCAGAAAAUGGGGGCGACGGCGAUGUCGUUGCCGUAGACGAGGAGAUGGGUGAGGGGGAGGAGGAUGGAGACGAGGACGACGAGAUGGAUCCCAUGCUCAAGGGAGAUGUCGACGACAUGGAGAAAAUAGACACGGAGGAUGGUGAGCCCGCGGACCAGGCUGCUGAGGGGGAUGCGGACAAAGACACGAAUGCUGAUCAGAAGAAUAAGAAGGGUGUUAAGAGACGCCGGGAGGAACAUGGAAGGGGCUACUUUGAAUUUAUUGAAGAGAACAAAUACAGCUGGGCUUCAUUUAAGUCUCCUGUCCCCCCCCUGGAGGAAGAAGAUGAAGAGUUUGAUGACACAAAAGUCUGCCUGGACACAUACAACUGCGACCUGCAUUUUAAGGUGUCGCGGGACCGUUACAGCGCCUCCUCUCUCACUAUGGAGAGCUUUGCUUACCUCUGGUCCGGAGGCAAGGGGACCUACGGUGUGAACAAGGGCAAAGCAUGCUUUGAGAUGAAGAUUGCAGAGAAAAUUCCAGUGAAGCACAUUUCUAGCAAGAACAUGGAGAUUCACGAUGUGCAGGUCGGCUGGUCCCUGUCCACUGGCACCCUCCUCCUCGGUGAGGAGGAACAUUCUUAUGCAUACUCUGGCAAGGGCAAGAAGACCACCAACUGUGUGACAGAGGACUUUGGAGAAACCUACGAGGAGAAUGAUGUCGUCUGCUGCCUUAUCGACUUUGAGGGGGACGAGGUGGUGUUGUCCUUCUCAAAGAACGGCGGGGAGCCGGCUGUCGCUUUCCAGGUCAAGAAGGACUCUCUAAACGGCCAGGCCCUCUUUCCCCACGUCAUCUGCCACAACUGUGCUGUGGAGUUCAACUUUGGCCAAAUGGAGACGCCGUACUUCCCUCAGCCCCAGGGUUACACCUUCCUGCAGCAGAUCCCCGUGGACGACCGAGUCCGGGGGCUCAAGGGGCCCCAGACCAAGGCUGACUGCGAGAUCAUCGUGAUGGUUGGCCUGCCGGGUUCAGGGAAGACCACAUGGGUGAAGAACCAUGUCCAGGAGAACCCAGGGAAGUACUACAUCCUGGGUAGUGACACCAUUGUGGACAAGAUGAUGAUCAACAGCCUGAAACGCCAGUCGAAAGACAUCACAAAACUGAGCGCCAUUUCCCAGCGAGCACCUCUUUUCCUGGGCAAGUUUAUUGAGAUCGCCGCCCGCAAGAAAAGAAACUACAUCCUGGACCAUACCAACCUGUCGGCCCCCGGCCAGAAGAGGAAGAUGUGCUUGUUUGCAGGCUUCCAGCGCAAGGCGGUGGUGGUCUGCCCCUCGGACGACGACUACAAGCAGAGAGUCCAGAAGAAGGUUGAAAGUGAUGGCAAGGAAGUUCCUGAGCAUGCACUCUUCAAAAUGAAAGGCUUCUACUCUCUGCCUGAGGAGGGGGAGAGCUUCAGCGGCGUCGUCUACGCCGAGCUGCAGAAGGAGGAGGCCGGCAAGCUUUUGGAACAGUACAAAGAGGAGAGCAAGACGGCUCUGCCGGCCGAGAAGAAGCCCAACCAGGGCAGCACCACGCCAAAAAGGGGCGGCGGCCUGCGCGGCGGUGGCCGGGGGGGCAAGAACCAGUUUGGCCGCGGCAGCGGACCCGGACAGAGGGGCAGUGUUCGUGGGGGCUUCCAGAACAGGGGCAACUUCAGAGGAGCCCCCGGCCCUCGUGGCGGCUUCAACCGCCCACCUCGAGGCUUCCUGCCCCCUCCAGCCUUCAGGGGAGGGUUCCAUAGCCGUGGGAACUUCAAUCGGGGUGGUGGCCCAAUUCCCAGCCUUGGUGGAUCACCCAGGGGUGGCCCAAUGAGGGGUAACAUGGGACCCAGGGGGGGUCACAUGAACAGAGGGGGCCCAAUGAGCAGAGGAAACAUGAGCAGAGGAGGCGGAGUCAACAUGCAUCGUGGUGGAUCCAGGGGACAUCACAACCAGUUCCAGCAGAGAGGUGGUAACCGUGGUGGUAACUUUGGCAACUUUGGAAACAAGAAUGGCAACUUUGGGAACAACAGGAACAGCGGUAACUUUGGCAACAGGAACGGCAUGGACAAGGCCCAGGCCUUCAACCAGAGCUGGCAGCAAGGGUUCUGGAACCAGAAACCCUGGAGCCAGCAGUAUCAGCCUGGAUAUUACUAAGACACUUGUAACGGACUGGUGGCCGACCCACCGCUAGCCACGGAACACCCCUCCACGUCGCUUUCUUCAAUUUUACUUUCUCUAGGACCCACUUUUAAUAGUCUCAAGGCCACCAACGGACAGUGAAGACUAACACGAUAUGGAGCAGCAGCAACAUUCCACUUCAGGGAGGAGACCAGACGCCCCAACGUCCUCCAGGCUUCAUGCGUCUGCCACGUGGGUUCAGUCUCAUUCUAUCAUCCGCUUUUAUUUCUUUCGAUGUAUAUUUUUUCUGCAUUUUUCACACUUUUAAAUGAUGUGCUUUUAAAAUAAAAAAAUGUCAUGCUUGUUAGGAACCAGAACCCGUUUUGCCUGCUUUGAGGGCAGAUGUUAAGAGGUUUUAUUUUCCCUUUAUUUUUAUUUUUGUCCAUGGCUGUGCAUUUUACCUGUGCUGUGAUUUAUUUCAUAUUUUUGUGUGUUGCUUUUUUAUUACAAAUUGUAAAUAUUUUUUUUUCCCGUUGGCUUGAUCUGUAUCAAAAGUGCAAAGAAACGGUGAUGAUUGCACGGAGCCGUGGCUUGUUAGCGAGAGCAUGGUAGCUGAUUCUACUGUUAGUGUACUGUACAUGUCAGUCUGCCGAUGAACCCAAGCAACAGAUGAACUGUCUUUUGUUGCCAGUAUGGAACCUGUAACCUAAACUCCGUAGACGUACAAUAAACUCGUUGGCUUUUUACUUUCUUCUUGGCUUAUGACUUUUGAUUCGGUUCAAAGGUGUGUAAAAGACCUUUGAAUGGGCAGAGUCCUAGUUUGCUACUUCAAACCGUGAGGACUCAGGCUCCCACCUUCAACAGGGCCUUAAGUAUUCACAAAGUAUUCUGACCGGAUCACUCUUCACAACGUAAGCUAUCAUCAUGUUUUAAAGGAGAACCCUCUGUGCUUCUUCAGUGCAGAUGGAUGACAUAUUCUCACGCUAAAACCAUAGAAUGAAACCUUUUAUCUUUCAAUACUCUUUGCAACACUAUUUAAUUCUUGAGCUCGGUCGGAACAAAAGUGAUGGAAGGCAGCAGGGUUUCUCCUUCACCAGCAAACCCAAGGGCUACACAGCGUCUGCACCCGGUCAGACCAAGCAGAGGCCCUCUAUCUACUCCCCACCUGGCGUGUCCUGUCAGAGGGAACCCUGCUUGUUCCAGGAGGAUGCAGUGGGUGAAAGCCAGUGUUUUUCUACCUGCCUGUGUCUACUGGCCUGUAAAUACGUCACCACUAUUUCAGCCCAUGCACGAAUGUUCAUUGAUUAAUGGAGUAUUAACUGUAUUGUGAUUGGAAACAGUGUUCGUUGGCUCCAGUUAUGCUGUGUGAUGAAUUGUCAACUAUAUUUAAGUGUGUGGAGUUAUUUCUCCUGUUUUUAUUCUACUGGAUACAUGCAUCUAGCAUCGUGCAAGCUGUUGCGUUCACUUCAUAACCUAAAACACAAUAGACUAUAUUUUUAUCGCUUUAUGUUGCAGGUUGUAAAUCAGGUCUUUUAUUAUCGAACCAACAAUGCAAAAAGCUUUGGGUCUUUUCUAUCUUACGGUUUUUGAUAUUUAUGUUUUAAAAACGUUUUAUUUGUCUCAACUCUAAUAAAGUUUAAAAAUCUGUUA